AUGUGUCCUGGCACUAUCGUGCCCGCCAUUCAAGUUCAGCUGUCACCCGGGGGCCAGCGCGCAGGCUUACCUGCAAGAGUGAACGGCAGCAGCAUUAGCGGUAACGAGGUCAGGAACAGCGCGAAGGCCGUUAAGAAGAACAGCAAGGACGAUCCACCACCACAAGCAACCGCAGCAGCAGCAGUAGCAGCGAAUGUCCCACCUACCUGUCCGCGGAAGCAGGUUGGCGGCACCUACAUCGUCGGGACGUCCACGUCCCACCGCCAUUCCAUCCCGCCGCCACCACAACCGCCAACGCCAUCACCAACGUUUUCAUCAUGUCUGCCAUCACCCAGCGUGCUUGCCCUACCACCGCCAGGAGCGCUAUCGGCCGCUUCUGCUGCAACCUCCGCGGCGGCAUGCAGUGGUACGACAGGAGGUGGUGCGGCGUCGGCGGCCACCGUCGCCUGUGCGGCGUCACCAAUAGGAGCACUAGCAGUAGCACCGAAGCCACUAGCGAAGAUGCCGUCAUUGCGGUUAUGCCGUAGUGGUAGCGGGGGUGGUCGUACACAGUGCCAGAGGCGCAUGCGGGUCAUCGCGGCAGCAUGGCGGGCAGGCAGUCCCGGUGGAAGCACCUGCCACGAACAGAACUCCAAUGCCGUGUACGGUAGCGGCUGGGAGGUACGGCGGGCGGUAGGGGCGACGGCGGCGACCGCCGCCGCGGCGGCGGCACUGGAUGGCAGCGGUGGGUCCGACGGCGUCAGCUUCGGUGGCGACACGGGUGGUGUUGGCAGCGGCGGCGGCGGUACGGAUGGGGGAACGCCCUUCCUGGAGUUCCCGACGGCGGAGGUUCGCAUGAGUAUGGUUUCGGAGCGCGCGGCAGCGACGUGCGCGCUAGGGCCGGGGAUUGCGGAGCGGAUGCAGGCCGACUGCAUCCGUGCCGUACGAUCUUGGUGCAAGCUGGGGUACGGCGAUCACAUCGUCGUACACGUGGAGCACCAGCAGCUGGCCUCUGCUCCUGGACUCCUCUCCAGCGCCGCGGUGGCAUUCGCGGGGCCCGACGGCCGCCGCCACGCAGCCAUCGCCGUAAGUGUCGGUGUCCUCACCGCCGCGGGCCCCGCAGCCGUCGCUGCGCCGCCGCCGCUGCAACCCCCCUCACCGUCUCGAGAAAGCGUCAGCCGGCAGUUCGCACCUACCCCUGCUGACGACAGCGCCGCCGCCGCCGCCGCCACCACCGAGUCAGGACCGACCUUAGAUUUGUCACCGCAGCGGCGGCUGCAGCGGCCGGCGGCGGCGGCGCAUGUGGCUCCAGGCAGCUCCGCGCCCUCCCUGGACCCCCUACCGGGUCUCAGCCUCCAUUGGGGCUGCAGCUACGGACCUGGGCAGCGGUGGCACGCUGCGGCGCCAGGAUGGCAUACGCUGCCGGCGGUGUCGUACGACGCCGGCAAGGGAGCCUGGCAGACGCCGCUGGCUGUACGGCAGGCCAUACCGCUUGAUCUAGAUUCGGAUUUGGAUCCGGCAUCAGGAGGCUGUGGUGGCACUAGCAGUAGCCCGGGGCAGUGGGUUGCGGUGUACAGUUUGGUGCUACAGCUGCCCUGGGAGGGACCCAUACGUGACGGCGGCCUUUGCUUCGUGCUCAAGACUGCUCGAAACCAGUGGAUUAAGGCCCGGGUGCUGCCAGCUGCCGGUGCAGGCCGUACUGGCAGCGGCCAUGGCGGCAAUAGCCCUGCAGGUGGCGGUGGUGGAGUGGAGGCAGAUUUCUGGAUUCCCUGCUCGUCCAUUCCGGUAGCGGCGAAUGGAGUGCCGCUGCUUCCGGACGUAUUCCGAAUGAGCCACUCGGACAGCCUACCGCAGGAGCCGAACGACGCAACGCGCAACAGGGACAGAGCUCGCAUCCAGUAG